AUGCCACCCAUGGACCAAAUUGACCUUUCGACUGGUUGGCCGAACCCCACGCUCCUCCCCGCCCCCGAACUCCUCCGCUCCGCCUCAACUGUCCUAACCGACCCCUCCAUUGCCCACCCGGCAUUAGGCUAUGGCCCCGACGAAGGCUAUGAGCCUCUACGUGUCCACAUUGCCCAAUGGAUGGAAUCCUUUUAUCAACCUCGCCACCCGAUCUCUUCUAAGCGCAUUUGCAUCACCGGCGGAGCCAGCCAGAGCCUCGCCUGUAUCUUGGCUGUAUUCACCGACCCCGUGUACACGCGGAAUGUCUGGCAGGUUGAUCCCACCUAUUUCCUAGCUGGCCGCAUAUUCGACGACGCUGGCUUUGCUGGGCGAGUGCGGGCAGUGCCCGAGGAUGACGAAGGGAUCGAUCUAGAUUUCUUGGAAAGCGGAUUGCGUGCGUCCGAGGAUCAGGCUGCCGCCAAAGGCAAUGUCACGCCGAAAAUUAAACCGCCUCGAUCAUGGCGCAAGAUCUACAAACAUGUUAUCUAUGCCGUCCCCACAUUUGCGAACCCGUCGACUAAGAUCAUGUCCCUGCACCACCGGGAGCAACUGAUCCGGCUGGCCCGGAAGUACGAUGCUCUGGUGGUGACUGACGAUGUUUAUGAUCACUUACAGUGGUCCUCCAUUGCCGGUAGUAAACUGCCAUCGGCCGACCGUGCUUUUGUCCCACGUUUAGUUGAUGUGGACCGCUAUGUGGACGGUGGCCCUGUGGAUGAAUGGGGCCACGCAAUAAGCAAUGGCAGUUUCAGUAAACUUAUUGGACCCGGAGUCCGCACGGGAUGGGCGGAAGCAUCUGAAAAGGUGGCCUACGGUUUAUCGCAAGUAGGCUCGUCUCGGUCUGGUGGAGCACCCUCCCAGAUGACCUCGACCUUUAUCGACCAACUCCUUGUCACUGGAUUUUUGGAACAACAUAUCCGUGAUACCUUACAGCCCGCAUAUGCAGAGCGGUAUCACGAUCUGACAUCUGCUAUUAAAGAAUACCUGGCACCACUGGGCGUCAGUUUUGAGGCCCCAACUAACGGGGUGGCGGGCGGUUAUUUCAUUUGGCUUACCCUUCCAGCUCCACUUCGCGCGGCAGAUGUCGUAAAGCAAGCUGAUUGCGACGAAAAUCUGCGCUUAGCGGCUGGUGAUGUGUUCCAGGUGGCUGGUGAUACCGAAGCAGCCAGCGAUCGCUUCACCAACCACCUUCGUUUGUGCUUCGCGUGGGUAGAGCCGCGUGAUCUAACCGAAGGAAUGUCCAGCCUCGAUUGUGGUAUUGCCACAGCCUGGAAGGGUACGGAACUUGACGGUCCGUUCCGGUUGAGAGGACGCGCGGCCAUGGGACCCAAACCCCAUACAAAAUGA